AUGUCGGAUUCCGGCUACAAAAUCAUGUCAAUUGUUCUUAAGAACAAUUUCCCGACCAUUUACGGCAACAAAAACAACACUCCAAUUACUAUAUUUGUUCCUCAGGAUGAAGCUAUCAGAAUUGAAGAUCUGACCAAAUUUGAUUACCAGGUCGUCAUGUCCAAGGUCGAUAAAGAAUCUUUUGAUUCCGGCUCCCUUUCGGACGAUUCGAAACUGACUACAUGCGAUCGUGGAAAAUUUGUCCUUCUAAUUACUGAAGUACCGAAGACGGGUUAUCCUUCGAUAAAUGGCAUCAGGAUCACAGAUUGGAAUAUCUACAACGAUGGGAAUAUUCUUGUUCACGGAGUUGAAGAUUUUUUUUAUUAUAAGGAUUCAAGAGAUACGAAAUCUCGACGUACAAAUCCUCCGGAAAAUUUUGAAAGUUUUUACCCAAAAGGUAAAAAAUUUGUCAUUGUAGAUGUCGAUAAUAUUGCGAAAGCUGUUUGGAACGCGGGGUAUAAGGCGAUGGCGAUGAUAAUCGAAUUUCAGCUUACGGAGAUUAUUCCGUACGGUCACAUCAAGAAAUUUAAUCGCGGAGACGGUGAUCCAAACCAGCUAUUUGUAUUCAAUAAUAAUACCAUUACUGUAUUUGCUCCUCCUGACGAAGCUAUUCGUACAGAUGAUUGGAUCAAACUCGAGUAUCAGGUCGUUACGUCUAGAGUUGAUAAGGAGUCGUUUGAUUCAGGAUCAAUUUCGGAGGGUUCUUUUUUGAAUACCUCUCAUUGUUAUGGGGAUAAAAUUCAAGUUAGUGAAGUACCCAAAGGGACUGAUUAUCCUUCAAUUAAUAAUGUCAAGAUCAAAGAGUGGGAUAUUUACAAUGAUGGGCAUGUUCUUGUUCAUGGAGUUGAAGAUUUUUUUUCAUUAUAG